AACUAUUUCUUUUAAAUGCAUUUUCAGAUAUUAGUACCUCGACAAGCCGUAGGAGUAGUAAUUGGGAAAGGAGGUGAUAUGAUAAAACGAAUUCAGCAGGAUUCAGGAGCACGUGUACAGUUCAUACAAGGGAAAGAAGAUAUGCCUGGUGAUAAACUUUGCCAGAUUAGCGGAAAUAUGGAACAAGUCCCAAAAGCUGCACAUAUGAUUCGAGAACUUAUAACGAGUGUAUUGGUUCAUGAUCAACAGAUGCAAGGUGGCAGUGGAGGCGGCGGCGGAAUGGGCAUGGUUGGAGGAGGACGAGGUCGUGGCAGAGGACGCGGCAUGGGUGGCCCCGGUGGCAUGCGACCUGAUUUCGGACCAGGAGGACCACGAAUGGGACGACCUGGCGGAGAUGGUGGAGCAGAGGUACAGUUUGCAGUGCCAGCCAACAAAUGUGGUCUCGUCAUUGGAAAGGGUGGUGAAACUGUCCGUAGUAUCAAUCAGCAGUCUGGAGCUCAUGUUGAAAUUGCCAGAGGUGCACCACCAAACCCACAUGAAAAGAUAUUUAUGAUACGUGGAAAUCCACAACAAAUAGAGCAUGCAAAGCAGUUAAUAAUGGAGCGAGUUGGUGGAAUGCCUCCUGGGCAAGGUGGACCUCCAGGUGGCCCAAAUCCUCCUGGACCUCAGGGACAGUAUCCUGGACCACAGUACCCACAGCAAUAUCAACAACCUGGACCUGGUCAACCGUAUGCUGCUCCUGGGUGGGCUGGUGGGGCAUAUCAGCCAUGGCCUAAUCAGCCGUCAACAGCAGGGGUUGCAGUUGCUCCUAAUGAUCCUGCUAAAGUGGCUGCUGAUGCCAAUGCUGCUGCAUGGGCUGCUUAUUAUGCACAAUUCUACAACCAACCUGGGCAGCCACAACCUCAACCUGGCCAGAUUCCGCAAGCUCAGCCUGCUGCACAACCCCCAGCACAACAACAGCAACAACAACAACCACAGCAGACUACUGCUGGACAAGCUGAUUACAGUGCAGCCUGGGUAGAGUAUUACAGGUCUUUAGGGAUGUUCCGGGAAGCUGAUAUGAUAGAACAACAAUCACGAAAUGCUCAAGCACCUGGAGGGCAGGCAGCUCCACAAGCUAGUCAACCUGGAGCACCAAUGGCUCAGCCAGGUAUGACACCUCAAGCAACACCAGGUGCACAACAGCCUGCUCCUACUGGGACACCUGCAGCACAACCUGCUUCUGCACCUGUUGCAGCAGCUGGUUAUCCUGGAGCAUAUCCUGCACCUGGCCAACAGCCUCAACCUGCCCAAGUUCCAUAUGGCCAGCCUGCUCCUUAUCCAGGCUAUAGUUAUGCUGCUGCAUAUGGGGCUCAGCAACAGUUUCAAGCUGCUGCACCUCAAUAGAACUAAGCAUUUAUGGUUUUAAAUGAGCAUUCUGUCAACAUUUCUCUUCUGACUUCAUUUGUUAUUUAGUGAAGACUGCAUUGAUGCAUAUUAAGUACAUCUCCAACACGGUUAUUCGAGAAAUGUGAAUUGCAUCACGAAUGAAAAAGUGUACAAGGUGUACAGAAUCAGAAACUGUAAUUUACUUUGUGAAUAAGCUGCAUUUUUUUUCAUCUUGGCUCUUAAUUCUUCAUUGUUAAUAUUUUUUUAUACAGCUAUUUAUGAGUGAACCAUAUUGGCAAGUUUUUUUUUUUUUUGUAGUAAAUGUUGGACUGGAGUUUUCAUCAAAUUAGUUGUCAUUUGUAUGAAAAAGUCAUUUGAAUAUAAGAUUAAAUCAGGGCUGGGACUUCAUCAAAUAAAUAGUUUUUAAAAUUCUCUUGCAUUCCUCUUUUUUUACAUGCCCAUAGUUGCAAGAAUUGUUACUCGCAAACAAAAAUUGAUUCCACCCAUGUUGGAGCUAUUCUUACAUACUGUAAAAUAUUUUGAUGUGAUUUUUAGUAAAUUGCCAUUUUUCAUUGAAUAAAAAAUUUCUAAUCAGUC